AUGCUGGGAGGGCCCUUCCGCGCAGCGCUGGCCCGCGUGUACGCGGUGCCGAGCGUGCGUAUGGCACACAGCGCUGCAGGAGCCAUGUCGCUGUCGACGCACCUGAGCCCGCCGGCGCCGGAGCGCGCCAAGCCCGCGUCGCCGACGUACUACACGACGAAGCCGUCGUACAUGGACACGCUCCAAAUGCUGGACCAGCUGACGCGCGAGGUAAAGCGCGCGCUUGAGCAGGCGUAUGUGCUUGCGCCGAAUGCGCGUCCGCCGCCACUGCCGCGCGGCGCCACGGUGCCGUGGCUCUCGCGUGAGCGGCUGAGCAGCAAGCUGGGUAUGGCGCUGCGCGCGUCGCAGUACAGCAGUGUGUCAUCGCGCCUGUCGCUGCUCCUGCGCUACCGCGAGGUGGCCGUUGCGCACUUUCUGCGCGAUGCGGAGCACACGAGCGCCCACGAGCGCGAGCUUGUGCAGCAGGUCGUCGAGGUGCUCGACUCGUUUGCGAGUGAGCACCGGCGCGAGCAGCUGGCGCACCAGGGUGCAUCCGAGUCGGGCGGCACGUCUGCGCGCGGUCUCAUCGACGAGCAGGGCCGCGCGUACGCGCGCGGCCGCCGGAAGGAGAGCAGUGCGCGUGUGUGGAUGGUGCGCGUGAAGGACGGCGUGCCCGCGGGGCAGAUCGUCGUGAACAACGCGCCGCUGCAUGCCUACUUCAUGCGCACCGCGCACCGCGAGCAGGUGACGUGGCCGCUCAAGCUGGCCGGCGUGCUCGGCAUGUACCACGUAUUUGCCAUUGUGCGCGGCGGCGGCGCGUCCGGCCAGGCAGGCGCGCUGGCGCAUGGCCUUGCGAAUGCGCUGGUCGCGGCGCUGGGCACGGCCGAGGGCGAGCAGGCCGCCGAGAUCCAGGCGCGUCUGGCUGACGACAGACGGCGUGCUACUGCGUGA